CAGGCUUCUCCGAGGACACACUGUUUGGGGUCCUAGAACGUUUCCGGGUCCACGUAUUGAGAAUGUAGCUAAAAUCCUCCUCGAUGAUGACUUUCAUCAGGUGUUUAAAGUUAAAGCUCUUGUUGGUGUUUAGGAGUUAAACUGGAGCGGGUUUCCUCUGAGCAGAGACAGAGAUUUAUCCUUUAGUCCUCGCGGAACCAAGAUGUCGUGGUUCACGGACCUGGCGGGAAAGGCAGAAGACUUCCUGAAUAAAGUGGACCAGGGAGCUGCGACCGCUCUGAGCACCAGCCAGACCAGAACCUCCUUUUCAUCGCCGUACGAACAGGAAUCCGCUGUCAGAGACGAGUUCAUCUCUACAGCUGCAGUCAAAGCGGACGCGCAGUCAUCCUCUCAUGAUGCGUCGAGCUUCAUUGCUGCUGCAGCGGGAAACAUCAAGAGGUCCAGUGCGACCCUGCUGGCCGGGACCGCCAACGUUCCCAGUAACGCCGCCAAUUCUGGCACCAGCAGUAGCAACUCCAUCAAAAGCUCUUCCAGCUUUGUGAGGCCCAAAAAGAGCGAGCAGGACGUGAACGACGACAUGCUCUUCGACUUCCUGAACAGCUCGGAUCCUCCGGAAAUCAGCCGGCGGGAUUCAAGGAAGGAUCUGGCGAAACUGGCAGCUCCGAUCUCCGAGCCGCAGAACCCGACCCCGCCUCCCCCUUCCACCAGCGUCCAGGCAACGUUUUCGGCGCCGUCCACGCCCCCGUCCACCCGCGGCGUCUCCAGGGCGUCCAGCAUGAGCUCUCUGUCCGCUCACAGCAUCCGAACUUCAGAGGAACAAACUCAAGACACACCGGAGGGUUCAGACUCCAGCCUGGCUCUUCUUCAGGACCCCAGCAAGCACGGGACCCCUCCUCCCCCCGCGGAGGAGCCCCCCAGCCAGGUCCUGUCCAGCCUGCGUCUGGAGAACCAGCUGCUGCGCAGCGAGGUGGCGUCCCUCAACCAGGAGAUGGCGUCGGUCAUUCAGAGAGCCAAAGACCUGCAGGAGGAGCUGAAUCAGGCCCGUCUGCGGGCCGACCGCUGGAACUCGGAGCAGUCCCAGAACGACCGCACGCUGCAAGAUCUCCGCUCGCAGGUCGAUGACCUCAGUGAAGCUCUGGCCGCCAAAGACGCUCAGCUGGCCGUGCUGAAGGUCAGACUGGACGAGGCCGAUCAGCUUCUGAAAUCCCGGAAUGCUGCGCUGGAGGAAGUCCAGAGGGAAAAGUCCAGAAUCAUGCAGGACCACACGGAGGGCAGCAGCAUGCACUCGCAGGCGCUGCAGACCAUGCAGGAGAGGCUGCGGGAGGCGGAGUCGACGGUCCGGAGGGAACAGGAGAGCUACCGGCAGAUGCAGACGGAGUACGCCGGCCGCAUGGGGAAGCUGGAGGCCGAGAGGCAGACUCUGGCGGAGGCGCUGACCGCGGCCGAGCGGCGGGCGAUGGAGGACAAACUCCGGGUCGACGAGCUGCAGCAGGCGGCGAAGAGCGCCAGAGCCGCCGCCGAGGCCGCCAAGCAGGAGUUCCAGGACUACAAGAGCAAAGCGUCACGCAUCCUACAGUCCAAAGAGAAGCUGAUCAACAGCCUGAAGGAGGGUUCUGGUCUGGACGUGACGGACAGCAGCGGGACUUUGGUUCUGGAGAUGGAGGAGCUGCGACACGAGAAGGAGCUUCAGAGGGAGGAGAUCCAGAAGCUGCAGGGUCAAGUGAGCGCGCUGCGGGCCGAAGUCCAGGACCUGGAGGCUCAGGCUCUGGCGGAGGCGGAGUCGUGGCGGGAGCAGCAGAUGCACCUGCAGGAGCAGGAAGCGGCGCAGAGUCGAGCCAAGCAGGAGCUGGAGGCGGAGCUAGAGCGCUGCAAACAGGAGCUGCAGUAUCUGGAGGAGGAGCAGCACCGAACCAAAACCUCCCUGCAGAGUCGGAUCAGAGACCGAGAAGACGAAAUCCAGAAACUCAGGAACCAGCUGACCAACAAAACUCUGAGCAGCAGCAGCCAGACGGAGCUGGAGAACCGGCUCCACCAGCUGACGGAGACGCUGAUCCAGAAGCAGACCAUGCUGGAGGCGCUCGGCACCGAGAAGAGCUCCCUGGUGUUCCAGCUGGAGCGGCUGGAGCAGCAGCUGAAGAGCUCGCAGGGGGGGCCGAGCGGGGGGCCGGCCAUCAACAUGAGCGUCCUGGAGGGUCCAGGAGCUCGGCAGAGGAACUCGCCGGUGCUGUUCAGUGACCACGACGCUCCGGGAGUUUACGGGAAAGUCCGUAAGGCGGCGAGCACCAUCGACCGCUUCAGCAUAAGACUGGGAAUCUUCCUGAGGCGCUACCCCAUGGCCAGAGUUUUUGUUAUUCUCUACAUGGCGGUUCUGCACCUGUGGGUCAUGAUCGUUCUGCUGACGUACACGCCUGAAAUGCACGGACGCCCCGAUGGCAGAUAGAAGACGUUACACGUUCAAAAUAAUGUACAGAAGCUGCUGGAAUCCGGACUCCCCCUGAGAACGGAUUCCUUAUUUUGCACAGAGAUGCUAUGAAAUGAAGAGGUUCACUCGGACUCAUUUCCAGUUUCUAAAAUAAGGACGGAUAUCAGAAUGUUGAGUUUUAAGUGUAGAGCAGUUUAUUGUGUUGGUUGUCUCCUGAAAGGGUGGAAAUACAAACUUCUUCAGAUUCUAUUCUUUCAGUUCUCUGGUGUCCUGAGAGGUUGUAUUUAAAACAGAGUCUUUUAAUAAACGACGCUAUGCAGUUUCUGGAGGAACUGCCCAGAAAA